UUUCUGGUGGUGGUCAUGCUGCUGUCUCUGCUGCUGGUGAUCCUAAGAGAGCACGUGUAUCAACCAGCAGCAUGCCAUCAGUACGCAAUCAGUAUGCUUCGAUGCCGUUCGCAGGCCGAUGGCGUCGCGAUGCUAGUCGUCGCGACGUCUUUCAUUUUCGUCGUCUCGAUCGCGAACGUUUCCGCCGGACGACGCGAACUUCUUUCGUCGCUCCAUCUUCAUCAUCACCACGUCCAGCAGCAGCAGCAGUCGCUGCAUCAUCUUCAGAAGGCGUCGAAAGAAAGCGUCGGCGUUCAGGCGACGUCGACGACGCCUACAGCGUCGACGCCCGCGACGAACGCGGAAGACCUCGAAAAAAAUUAUUACAAAUCCAAUAUUAUUGCUUCUCCAAUCAAGCAUGCGGGAAGGCACGUGUGCACUACUUUUAAAAACGUUACAACCCCCGUGCAGACCAAACUACCCUAUUGUAAACCCAUCUACAAAAGAUACACCCAAAAAUGCAGCGACCAUCACAUGUGCAGCGGUGUAAAAUUAGUUUAUGAAACUGCUUACAAGAAUGUCAUAACAUCGAAAAAUACACAACAUGUAUUUUAUUAUUGUUGCCCAGGAUGGGGCCAGGGAGACUACAGGGGUCAUGGAUGUACCAAACCAAAAUGUUCUCAGCUGUGCCAAAACGGCGGCACUUGUGUGAAACCCGACCUUUGUUUGUGCCCAAAAGGAUUCAAUGGGCGUUUUUGUGAAAUAGAUGUGGACGAAUGUAAAGAACAAAAACCAUGCGACCAAAUCUGCCAUAAUACGCCCGGAAGUUUCCAGUGCCAAUGUCGGGAAAAUUUUACCCUGUUGGCAGACGGUCAAUCUUGCCGAAAAGACGCUGACGAUGGUACCUCAUUCGAAGCUAAGGAACUCGAAUAUGGGCAAUUGGACAAGAGAAUUCAAAAACUGGAAGAGGUAAAGUUCGUCCUUCACAAAUUCUGCCAAUAAAAAAAAAUUAUAUUA